ACCGGGUAUGUUGUUGUUUGUUAGUUAGAUGUUCUUGCAGUACAUGUAUAUUUUUCUUUGUUUUUGUAGCGCUCUUCUUUCUAAGGCUUGCGCUUUAAUUGUGCUUUGCAUUUAAAGCCCUAACAGAGUUUGGCGCUUUUCUGUGCUUUUCAUUUUUGACUUCUCUGUUAGAUACCUUAAUAGAUAUCAUCCUUCUCCUUGCUUCUGCUGAGCAUCUUCAGUUGAUGAAAGUAUACCUCACCUAUUUUAAGAUAUCCUGGUUUAAGAUUUGCUAAAGAACUUCCUCUGCUGGUACAUCAUAUUUCACCUAUUUUAUGGAGUUGAUAGUAGUUUUGGUAGAACUUGCAUGAGUUAAUACCAUUCUCCAUGGUCUGAAAUGUGUUUCACUUUAUGCGACCUAUUUUCUCUGCAUUCUUGGUGUCAGUUUCUUGAGCAGGCUUUGAAUGUUAAUGAUGAUGUGCCGGUGCUUACUCCUGGUACUGAAAGCAAGAAGAUCAUUUGCAGCAAAGCAAAGUUAUGUUGGGGUAAAGCAACUGAUGAUCCGACUCCACCUUCAACAAUGACCAUGCAGCAAAAUUUAACUCCAAAAGGAGUGCACCAAAAUAAAAGGAUCAAGGUUGAAGUUUCAGAAUCUGGGGUAGAGGGAAAUCCAGUGAGUUGGACAACACCUGUAAAGGUGUCCCCCGAAGAUGGUGAUGCAUGCAGUGAACUGGUGGAUGUGCAUGGCUAUAAAGUAAAAGCGAGCAAUGCUCCUAUUCUUGCUGCCAUUUUUGCCAAGUAUGGUGACAUUACCAUCAACUGUCACUAUAAGUCACCUACUGUCAGAGCUUCCUUUCUUGAUGUGGUUAGUGAUGUUGUCAGGCGGCUGAAAACCAGUGAUGUUAAUUCUUCUUCCAUUAAAGCUAUGAAAUCUGUAGUCUCUGAUGCUUCGGAUGCCAAGCUUGAUGUAACUUGGCUGCAGCAAUAUCUGGAUGAGAUUUCCGAAGAGGAAGAUAUGGAGGAAAAGUCUUCCUAUCUAAUAGCGUUACGCGAGACUACCAUGCUUGUCUCUAAAGCAGCUAAAAAGGAUGUGGUACAAAGGAACAUGGAGGUCUUAGCAGCAGAGAAACGGCUCAAAAAGGCUGAAAUGCGCUUGCAAGAGGCCCAAAGCCGGGCAGGAGAGGCAAAAAGGUCUGUCAAAGUAUUUGACAUACUGGGUAAAAAAGUUAAGCAGGACAUCAAGGCUGUUAAGGAUCAAGCACAAUAUUGGCUGAGUAGGUUGAAUGAGCUUCUGUAGUCCGCAGCUGCUUUAUCUUGACAUAAUAGCUUCUAUGUCAAGACAUUAUUGUAAAUUGUGAAUGAUAAUCAUGAAUCUGGGAAGUGUCACAUGGUUGAAUCUUGUUUUGUACAUGAUAGUAACAUUUCUCUUUUUGGAAACAUUCGCAUUUUGUGCAGUAUUAAGUUUUUCAUAUAACAAAAACUCGACUGGGGUUUUUGUAUGUAAUGCUAUAAACACCUUGAACAGUUGCAGUGAGGUGCUCUGUCUAGUGUUUUCUGCCUUUUCUGCUAAAGGUAUGCUUGAACUAAUCCAUUUCAAAUUUGAUAA